AUGGAUUUCGAGCUGCGGCGCCGGGUGGCGGCGCUGGAGGCGCGGGAGCGCGCGGAGAAGCAGCGCCUGAAGUUGGAGCAGGAAGAGGCCCAGGAAAGGCGGAGGCAGCAGGAGGCCUUUGAGCGGACUCUGCAGGAGCAAAUCGAGCGGGAGCUUAAGGAGCACCACGAGCGAGAGGCCCUAGAGGCCGAGGAGCAGGCUGCCAAAGAGCGAGAGGCCCAGCGGGAGAUGGAGGAGCGGGCGCUUCGGCGCAAGGAGCAGCAGGCGCAGGAGGAGGAGCGAUCUCGGCAACUGGAGGAGCAGCGCUUGGCUCGAGAAGGGCAGAGGCUAGAGGAGCAAGAGCGGCACUGGGCCGAGCAGGAGGCAGAGGAGCCAUGUCGGCGGUGCCCCUACUUCUACCACGCAAGGGGUAUGACCUCGUCCCAGAAAAGGCGGGCAUCUCAGCAAUGCAGCUUGCGGGCUUCUGAGGCGCUUCAGGUGGCCCGCACUCCGAUGUUCCGUUUGCUCCUGGAGCUCUUGCUGCUGCUUCCGCUCAGUGGGAGCCACAAGGUGGGCCAGUUCCGGGCAGGCCUCCGCGAUGCGCAGGUGCCGGCUGCCCCGGGCCCGGCUCCAGGCCCUGCCAUAAAGAUCAUGGACCCCACGGAUCCGCCGCCGAGCUUUGAGAAAAGGAUCCUGGAUGCGGCUCCGGCGCCAGCCCCGGCGCCCAUGCCGGGGCCGCAGCCCACGACGUUGCCGCCCGAGCCCAGGCUCAUGCCCUCUCUGAGCGACGGCAAGUGGAUCUUUGUGAAUGGCGACGAGGGCGUCAAAGCGCAGUCCUUCCAAAACUCCAUGUGGUUCUACGACCAGCGAUCGGCGCUGGGCGCCGAGCCUUCAACGAAGGAGGUUGCGCUGGAGAUGCUGAUGCCCUCACUGACCGAGGGCCAGUGGAAAUACGUGAACGACGACGGCACGGCGAAAGUAAUGCCGGAGGAAGACGUGGUCUUGUCCCCGGUGGACCUGGCGGCAAGCCCGGCCCCGGCCCCGGCCCCGGGUGCCGUGGCACCGGUGCCGGCGCCGGCGCCCGCGCCGGCGGGGGCGCUGUCCUCGCAGUGCUCGUCGCUGAUGGCGAGCGGGAAGAGCUUUGUGAAGUGCAAGGACGUGCGAGCAGCUCCCGCGGAAGGUGGCCCAGGGCGGCUGGUGGGAUGUCACUGCGGCGCCUGGGCGGCGCGGUGCCCGCUGCAGGCCUGCGAGGUGCAGAAGGCCUGGGAGGGCCCGUCCUGCCUGCAGAGCGCCGCCAGCGACCUCGGCUUCGUGGGGAUCUCCCACAGCCGUCAGGAGCUGCCGGAGUCCGCGCUGCCACAGCCCAUGGAGCGCUUCAAAGAACGCAGCAUCUCCCUUUGCAUGUUUUGGCUCCCCGAGCCCCAACCGCAGCUGGCGAAGCCGCAGCGGCCGAUCCCGCCGAGCCCCGCGCCAGCGCCAGCGCCUGUGCCGGCGCCCGUGGGGGCGGUGCCUAUGCCGGCACCGGCGCCGGUGGGUGCGCCUGCGCCUAUCCAGAUGACAAAGAUCCCGGACCACCUGCGGCCGCCGCAGGCGGCGAGCCCGGCGCUGGCGCCCGCGCCCGCGCCGGCGCCGGCGCCGGCCGGAAACCUGGAGUGGGGCGUGGGGAGGGGCGGGGUUGGUGGCUUUGCGAGGGAGCGGCGCAGGGUGGACGACUAUGCGCGGGACCGGCACCGCCAGUUCGAGGAGUGGGAGAGAACAUUCGCGGCAGAGAGGCUCCGCUUCGCCAGCGAGGCGGAGUUCUGCGCCGCGGCCAGGCGGAAGAAGGCGAAGGUUGACGCCCGGGCAGAUGAGCAGUUCUAUGCGUCCCAGCGGGCUCCGCCCCGGGAGCCUGCGGUGCCGGUGCCAGAAGGUCCGACAGGGAACAGCCUGGGCUCCGAGGAGCGCGGGCUGCUGAAGGAACUGCAGUCAGUGCAGAGCGCCUCCAAGGACCUGCAGAAGGCGAAGGUGAAGGAUCUGCUCAUCCGAUGGCAUCCGGACAAGAACCCCGACUGCCAAGAGAAGGCGAAGCAAGUCUUUCAGUUCCUGCAGCAGUCGGCACCUCGGGUGGGGUCGAAACCCAUCAACUUCGAUUCGGGGGAAGCCUUACGGCUGCAAGAAAAGGGCAUCCGAAAAACGCCGAUCGGCACGCGACCGCGAUCUCGCAACGGCGGCUGCUCGGCCUCUGAGACAUUUGCCUCCGGCGUCCGCAAAUGGGGGAAGGAUGCGCGGGGCGCAGUGUUGGCGCUUCACGUUUGUUCCGCAGUGGAAGGCCAGCGCAUCUGCAGCGUCACCGCGCUGCCAUGCGACACGGUGGCGGUGCUGCGGCAGAAGCUGACGCGGCAGUUGGGCCAAGUGCGGCGCUUCCGGCUGCUGGCGGGGUGCUGCAUGCUCAGCGGCAGCAUGACCUUGGAGGAGGCGAGCCUUUGUGACGGGUGCUGCUUGCAGCUGGUGUGGCAGACCGGAGAGGUUUUUGCAACUGCUUCUACAGAUACCACUGCUGCUUUGUGGAGCAUGGAGACAGGGGAGCGGGUGCAGCACUUCGCCGGCCACGACGACCAGGUGAUGUGGCUGAACUUCUCCCUGGACGGCCAGCUGAUGGCCACGGCAUCUACGGACCGCACCGCGAAGGUGUGGUGCGCGGACAGCGGGGAGUGCUUGCUGACGCUUCGAGGGCACAAGGGGCCGGUCUUCUCGGUGGCCUUCUCGCCGGACGCUAGGAUGCUGGCGACCUGCUCCCAUGACAAGGAGAUCAAGAUCUGGAGCGUUGCGCUGGGCCAUUGCUUGCUGAGUCUCAAAGGGCACAGCAAACAGAUCUUUUCGGUGGCCUGGGCACGAGACGGCCAGACCCUCGCGUCUUCCUCGGAUGAUGCGACCAUUCGGCUUUGGAGUGUCGCCUCUCAGUCCUGCUCACAGGUCAUCUAUGGCCACACCGGCGCGGUCUACUCGGCGUCCAUCUCAAACGAUUCACGCCAGCUGGUCAGCGCCAGCGAGGACAAGUCCGCGAAGCUCUGGAGUUUGACGGAUGGCCUCCUGCGGCACAGCCUCAUGCACGAGGAGUGGGUGCGGCACGCGGCUUUCUCCCCCGACUCGCUGAAGGUCAUCACCUCCGUGAGCGACAACACGGCCAUCAUUUGGGACGCCGGCGCGGGCACGUCCCUGAUGGUUUUGCAUGGCCACACCGAUUGGAUCAGAACCGCCUGCUUCUCGGACGACGGGCGCUAUGUGGCCACGGCUUCCAAGGACGCCUGCGCCAAGGUCUGGCGGCUUGACGGCAGCUGCGUCUUGAGUGUCACCGGCCACAAUCAGUGGGUGCGGUGCGUCGCCUUCGUGCCCUCGGGUCAGCAGCCAUGA